CUGUGGUCCUGAGGGUGUGGACCUCCGGAGAAAGGGGGAGACACGUCUAGAGGGGUCGUUGUUGCCGCAUGCGCUCACCCAGCGAACUGCGCUCCUAGGGUAGUGUUUCCACCUGGGAGAAUCUUGCCGGCUGAGGGGAUCCCGCUCGGCUCUGGGACGUGGACGGAGGACUUCUCUUUUCCUAGAUGCGCUGUCAGGGCAGAGCAGGAGCGAGAGCCCACUGCCACUGCGAGGCAGCUCGGCGGCGCGUGCGCGGACUAGGCUACUUCUUCACAGAUGUAAUGAAUUGGAAACAAAGCAUCAUUUGAAACCAUCUCCAAAUUCCAAAGAAGUGAUGGCAUUUCCCUGAUCAAGAAAAGAAUUGAUUGACUUGGUGCUAAAAGUGCCUGGCCCUGGCCCUGUUUUAUAUCGCCGCCCUGACUUUGAGGAACCAUGGAGAAAUGGUACUUGAUGACAGUGGUGGUCCUAAUAGGACUGACAGUACGGUGGACAGUUUCUCUUAAUUCUUACUCAGGUGCUGGAAAGCCCCCUAUGUUUGGUGAUUAUGAAGCUCAGAGACACUGGCAAGAAAUUACUUUUAAUUUGCCAAUCAAGCAAUGGUAUUUUAACAGCAGUGAUAACAACUUACAGUACUGGGGAUUGGAUUACCCUCCUCUUACUGCUUAUCAUAGUCUCCUGUGUGCACAUGUGGCAAAGUUUAUAAAUCCAGACUGGAUUGCUCUGCAUACAUCACGUGGAUAUGAGAGUCAGGCACAUAAGCUCUUUAUGCGUACUACAGUUUUAAUUGCUGAUUUGCUCAUUUACAUACCUGCGGUGGUUUUGUACUGCUGUUGUUUAAAAGAAAUCUCAACUAAAAAAAAGAUUGCUAAUGCAUUAUGCAUAUUGCUGUAUCCAGGCCUUAUUCUAAUUGACUAUGGACAUUUUCAAUAUAAUUCUGUGAGUCUUGGCUUUGCGUUGUGGGGUGUUCUUGGAGUAUCUUAUGACUGGGACCUGCUAGGGUCACUGGCAUUUUGCUUAGCUUUAAAUUAUAAACAGAUGGAACUUUACCAUUCCUUGCCAUUUUUUUGCUUUUUACUGGGCAAGUGUUUUAAAAAAGGCCUCAAAGGAAAAGGGUUUGCGCUGUUACUUAAGCUAGCAUGUACUGUGGUGGCUUCCUUCAUCCUCUGCUGGCUGCCAUUCUUCACGGAUAAGGAACAGACACUGCAGGUCCUAAGAAGACUCUUCCCAGUUGACCGCGGACUGUUUGAGGAUAAAGUAGCCAAUGUUUGGUGCAGCUUCAGUGUUUUUCUGAAGAUUAAGGAUAUUCUGCCACGUGACAUCCAGAUAAUAAUCAGCUUUUGUUUUACAUUUCUGAGUCUGCUUCCUGCAUGUGUAAAAUUAAUACUUCAGCCCUCUCCCAAAGGAUUUAAAUUUACCCUGGUUGGCUGUGCACUGUCAUUCUUUUUAUUUUCUUUCCAAGUACAUGAAAAGUCCAUUCUCUUGGUAUCAUUACCUGUCUGCUUAGUUUUAAAUGAAAUUCCUUUUAUGUCUACUUGGUUUUUACUUGUGUCAACAUUUAGUAUGCUGCCUCUGCUAUUAAAGGAUGGACUGCUGCUGCCCUUGCUCGUGACAGUGAUGGCCUUUUUCAUAGCUUGUGCAACUUGCUUUUCAAUAUUUGAAAAGAUUUGUGAAGAAGAAUUGCAGUUGAAAUCCUUUUCCAUUUCUGUAAGGAAGUAUCUCCCAAGUUUUACAUUUCUUCCCAGAAUUAUACAGUAUUUGUUUUUCCUCUCAGUAAUCACUAUGGCCUUUCUGACGCUGAUGACGGUUACACUGGAUCCUCCUCAGAAAUUACCGGACUUAUUUUCUGUAUUGGUGUGUUUUGUGUCCUGUUUAAACUUCCUGUUCUUCUUGGUAUACUUUAACAUUAUAAUCAUGUGGGAUUCGAAAACUGAAAGAAAUCAGAAGAAAGUCAACUAAACACAUUAUCAAACAAAUGUAAAAAUGUGAAAUAGUGCUAAAAUAUCCGGUGAACUUUUUGCUAUAAAUGAAAGUAUCAUUUUGAGAAUCAUGGAAUUAUUGGAAAGGAAAUGGUGCAAAGUCAUUGUUAUUUACACAAAAUAAAUUUAUAUGGGGACCAAGAACAAA